AUGGAGCCAGAAGGGACUGUCAACAGGACGUACACUCUUCAUGACAUACAUCCCUGCUAUGAGUCAGAUAAUGGAGCUUAUGUAUUUACAAGCAACCCUUCACUAAUAUGUGUAUUAUUAUAUGUUUUCCUCGGCUCAUUGUCUGUUGUCACAGUAUGUGGAAAUCUUCUUGUGAUAAUCUCCAUCGUUUAUUUCAAACAGCUCCAUGUCCCUACUAACUACCUCAUCCUGUCUCUGUCUGUGGCUGACCUGUCUGUAGGAGUUUUGGUUUUUCCUUCCAGCAUGGCAGUCACUGUAACCUCAUGUUGGUAUCAUGAAGGUUUAUUUUACAGAUAUUAUGCAGUGUGUCAGCCUCUCGCUUAUAGAAGUAAAAUAAAUGAUUGUGGUAUCUGGAUUAUGAUCCUGCUGAGCUGGGGAGUUGCUGCUCUAACUGGAAUUGGCAUCGUAAUUGCAGGGUUUAAUCCAGGGAAUUGUGAAGAAAGCUGUUUAAUUGAUGUUCUAAUAUCAACCACUCUGACAUGUAUUUUCUCAUUUUACAUCCCAGUUAUGAUACUGCUCUGUAUCUACCUGAAGAUUUUCAUUGUGGCACAGAGACAGGUACGCAGCAUCCAGAACACAACCUGUCAGAGCACAAAGUCUGGAGCAGCUGUCAGUAAAAUGGAGAGAAAGGCCACCAAAACUCUGGCUAUAGUUAUGGGAGUUUUUCUCUUGUCUGGUUCAGAUCAGCUUUUAGAAUGA